GACGCCGCUGCGCCGCCUAUAAGCCAAAGGCUGCCCAAAAAUAAUGCCAUGACCCCUUCGCAUCGCUAACUUAGUCCAACGCGGCCGAAUUCGCAUCGAUGAGUGCGGCAAAACGCCUGCCCGCCUGGGCAGCAGCCUGCCUCCUCGUGGCCGCCGCGACCGAUGAAUGUCAUGCGCCGGUCGCGAACACCUACACCAUGGACCCGCCGGCGGCCACCUACCCGGCGCGACCGCUGCGCGAACUCACGACGCCGCUGACAACUGUAAUUCGCUGGCUCGGUAACGACGAGGCCCAACUCGCGGCCUCCCUCGGCACGCUGCGCGCGACGCUGCCGCGGGCGCGCAUCACCAUUGCUGCGCGCGAUAUGGAGCGAGCGCGCCGCGUCGGCGCGCGCUUCGAGGUCGAGCGCGUCGUCGGCGUCGAUGCCGUUCCGACGCUCACUACCGGACAGGUUGUCGUGGCCGACGCGUCGGUCGUAUUCCAGCCCGACGCGACGCGGACUCGACUCGUCGCCAUGAAGGGCUGCGCGGCGGCGGGCCGUCGCUUCGCAGUCGGUGAUGCACAGAGCGUCGCGGGGUGGCUCCGCGGCGGCGACUGCUCGGAAUCGACCACCGGUCUUAUUCUAGCAAAUGGCUGCGCGCAUUCAAACGCCUUCGGCGAGGUCGUCUCAGAGAAUGAGCUCCCCUACUUCGCUCUGUUACAUCCGAGCGCGGACUGCCCCUGGCGCUCCACAUUAACGGCGCGUUUACAAACCUUCUCCGCCGUCUGCGCCAAGCCGCCCUGCGCCGUGCCGCUGUCGCGCGUCAAGAACCGGAAGCGGACGCAGCAGCUACUUGACACGCACGGGCUGAAUGAUAAGACCGGCGCCGACGCGGCUUUAUUAUUGCGAAAGCGGCGGCCGCUCUUCGCUGAACCAUAUCAUAAUGAAACGCCGACGACGGACUGCCUCUUGAUGGGCGCCGGCGACUACAAGGAUCCCCAGGUUUAUGCGACGUUCCUGCGGAGCCUCCGCGAGGCCGGGUCGGCCUGCGACGUGACGCUCUUCACGAACGACGCCGCCUCUCCAGAUAUUCAAUCUAUUUUCAACAAAUUCAACGCGAGGUGGCACCGCUUUCUACCGGUAGUGGACGGGCUCUCGAGCGACGACGUCGCGAGACAAGCCUUCCAGACCGCACCCGGAUUGGGUAGGUUAGCGUCGACUUUACGGUUCCGCAUCUUCCGCAGCUAUUUAAUGGGAGAAUCGCGCCAUACGUAUGUGGGCUGGGCCGACGUCCGCGACGUCUUUUUCCAGAGCUGUCCGUUUUCUCGCCUCAGAAGUGGCGCCUUGCACGUCUUCUCGGAGACGGCUCUGCUCACCCUAGCGCAUAAACGGCGCGUCUACCUCGAGUGGUCGCGGCGGGCGUGGGGUUUUGACUGCUCUGAUGAGUACGAAACGUAUCACGACGCGCCGCCGGUCAAUCUAGGCGUCGUGCUCGGUGCCCGAUCCUCAGUGUUGCAGGCGUUGGAUACUUUAAUAUGUCAAUUGGAGAGGUGCGGCGGCUGGGACCAGUUUUUGUGGAGCAAGUUGGUUUACGAGAGGACGAUCGGAGCGACGGCUCAUAUUGGAGACGACGACGCGGCCGUCGCGAACCUGUGCGCGAAUCUUGACGUGGAGGUCGGCGACGCGUCGCGCGUCGUGUCGAGUCGAGGUGAGCCUUAUUCGAUCGUGCACCAAUAUGAUCGGUACGACGGCGUGGUGCGCGCGGUGGCUUCGAGGUGGCCGUUUGCGGCUGCUUGAGGCGUCGGCGUAGGUGUGUUCUUGUUACUAU